AUGAGGUUUCUGAGCCUACCCGCCGCAUUGGCGGCCAUGACUGCGACGACUGCGGCCAUCCAGGUCGACAUGACCAGUCCAGACUCUAUCAGAAGCGUCUCCAAAACCAUAGCCGGCAAAAUGCUCGAAUGGUAUACCGGCAACCAACCCGGCGGCACCCCAGGAAUUCUACCACAGCCGUACUACUGGUGGGAAGGCGGUGAAAUGCUCGGCGCCCUGAUCGACUACUGGUACUACACGGGCGACACGCAAUACAACGACCUGGUAAUCCAAGCGCUGGUGUUCCAGUACAGCCCGACGUACGACUUCAUGCCAGCGAACCAGACGAAGAACGAGGGAAACGACGACCAGAUGUUCUGGGGCUUCGACGUCAUGUCCGCCGCUGAGUAUGCAUUCCCGAACCCACCGGCGGACCAGCCCAGUUGGAUCUCUGUCGCGCAGGCGGUGUUCAACUCGCAGUAUUAUCGCUGGGAUACGGAGCUUUGUGGCGGCGGACUGCGAUGGCAGAUUUUCCAGUGGAAUCAGGGUUAUAAUUAUAAGAACUCGCCUGCUAACGGAGGACUGCUGAACCUCGCGGCGAGGUUGUACGCUUACACUGGAAAUCAGUCGUAUGCGGACUCGGUCACGAGGUCCUGGAACUGGAUGUCGGAUAUUGGACUCAUCAGCCCGACGUACCAGGUUUUCGAUGGAUCGGAUGGGUUACUGAACUGUACGCAGCUCGAUCAUGUCCAGUGGACGUACAGCGCGGGUAUGCUCCUCAACGCAGCGUCGGUCAUGUGGAGUGUCACCAAUAGCACUGUGUGGUACGACCGCGCACAGGGCCUCUGGAAUGCCUCGAGUGUGUUCUUCAAAGACAAAGUCAUGCUCGAAGUGGCGUGCGAACCGCAAGGAAACUGCAAUCUCGAUCAGCAAAGUUUCAAAGCCCCCUUCUCCCGCUUCCUCGCCGCCUCGAUGAAAUUCGCCCCUUGGCUCUACCCCCAAAUCCAACCCCUCCUCUACACCAGCGCGCAAGCCGCCGCGGCGCAAUGCAACGGCGGCAGCGACAAAAUCACCUGCGGCACCAAAUGGACCGACAACGGCGUAUGGGACGGCACCAGCGGAGUCGGCCAGCAGAUGUCGGCCCUCGAGGUCAUCCAGGCGAAUCUCAUCCAGAACGCCACCGCGCCGGUUGCGCACGAUACGGGUGGUAUCAGUCAGGGCAAUGCGAGUUUGGGCACGGGCGAUGGGGAUGUGGGGAGUAAUCCGGUGGUUUUGGCCCCGGUUACGACGGGGGAUCGCGCUGGGGCGGGGAUUUUGACGGCUGUUGUGCUUUUGGGGUUGUUGGGUGGGGCUUGGUGGAUUGUUUCUUGA